AUGCAACCUGUAAUCAGCGAUUUCUUCAAAGCCAACUUCAUCAAAUACGCAAAAGUGGAAGAGACGAAAACCUCGGAUACAACAACUGAGGGUUCCGAGAGGAUCUACACAUCACAAACCUACUACACUGUGACGUGUAUGGUACACUACCAAUACAGUUCAAAUAUUUUAUAUAUCAUUAUUUCUAAUUUCAGAGUACAGUAUGAGAAUUGCCCAAAUAGAUGGACUUUUCACCCAACCGCCUUGGUUAAAGUUGUGUCAUUUCGUGUUGGAGAUUUAGUUACUAUAAUAAAUGAUGCAGCAAAAGUACAACAACUUCAGAAGGGACAUGGGGAAUGGAUAGAACUUAUGCGAUAUGCACUUGGGAAGCUUUGCAAGGUUGUUAAAGUUUAUUCAGAUGGUGACCUACGUCUGGAACAAUUGGAUGAUGGGUUCGAAUGGACACUUAAUCCAAAAUGUGUCAAGCUAGAAAGGUCUCCAAUAGCAACGGCCGCUGAAAGGUCAAAUAGUAUGAUGGAUUUAAGCAAUAGACGAACGGAUCAUGUAAUGACUCCUUUAUCUGGUCUGUCGGGGACAUCUAUGGCAGAUAAACUGGUGCGGGAAGCGGCUCAUGGCCACUUCGACUUUGUAAAGCAAUAUCUUGAUAGUCAUCCAGAUCACGUGAAUGUAAUGAGUGGAGGCAAGGCGUCCAUUCAGGUAGCAGCCCAUCAAGGAUUUGUUGAAAUUGUAAAAUUAUUAAUUUCAAAAGGAGCUAAUGUUAAUAUAGUCGAUAAAGAAGGGGACUCUGCGUUACAUUACGCAGCUUUUGGAAAUCAGCCAGAAACAAUGCGCAUUUUGCUCCAAAAUGGCGCGGAUAAAAAUUUUCUUAACUCCAGUCAUUGUACCGCACUUCAUAUUUGUGCUCACAAAAAAACGCCACACUGUGUUCGAGAAUUAUUGAAUCACAAUGUCAACGUAAACAUACAGGACUCAUAUGGGGAUACGGCGCUUCACGAUGCUAUAGGAAAAGAAAAUUCAGAGGUGGUGGAAAUAUUAUGUAAUGCGCCAAAUUUAGACUUUACUGUUAAAAACAAUAGAGGAUUUAAUGUACUACAUCAUGCUGCGCUUAAAGGUAAUGUUGUGGCCACUCGUCGCAUCCUGCAAUUGGCUCGGCAACUCGUUGAUGUAAAAAAAGACGACGGUUUCGCUGCUAUGCAUUUAGCUGCGCUUAAUGGCCAUGCGAAUGUUGUAGAGACGUUAGUCAAAGAAGGACAAGCGAACAUCGACAUACGGAAUAAUCGACGUCAAACACCUUUUCUUUUAGCAGUAUCUCAAGGCCAUGUUGCAGUCAUUGAAAAACUUGUUAAUUUGGGCUGCGACGUUACCGCAAGAGAUGAGGAUGGCGACAAUGCUAUGCACUUAUGUGUGGUUAAGAAAAAUAAUAUUCUACAAGCUUCAGAACCAACUAUAGCAGAUUCACCUGAAAUAUUUGCGAUUUAUGAAAGUUUAUCUUAUAUACAUGAGGACCGGCUCAUGUACACAUUAUUAUGCUAUUUACAUCGGUUGGGCUGUCAAAUAGAGUAUAAUAAUAAAGGUGUUAAUAUAUUUGAAUGGAUUACAGAUGUAAAACAUAAACAACUUAUAUUAUCGCACCAACGACCUGCUCCAAUACCACCCGUUGAUGGAAACAAUUCUUCGACAUCCACUAGUGAUGUUUCACCUGCAAUUGAGCAAAUUGCGCACAACAUACAUUUAAUGUGUUUAAAAACAAACAUUCAACAUGGACCCAGAUCUGUUGAACCACCAGAAUCUUUGAGUGAAACAUUAUCAAUAGAAUCGACAUUAAAUUCACAAGCAACAAGCAAUAAUUUAAUAAAAACUCCACCACAUAAUGACGCAACCAAUGUUGCUUGCUAUGCCAAAAAACAGUCGACAGUAGUAGAUAAUAUAUUUGCUCACUCCUCACAACAAGAUCAAGUUGCAUUCAUAUCUACAACUUCUAUCCCCAAUUCGUGUAUAGUAUGUGAUGAAAAUUUGCCUUUAAUUAAAUUUGAACCCUGUCAGCACCAAAUAUCAUGUGAAGACUGCGGGAAACGAAUGAAGAAGUGUUUGCGUUGCGCUGUUCAUAUUGAAAAACGUGUUGAUGAAAAUGGUCGUAUUUUAGCAAAUUCCGAUUCUAGUACUAUUCCCGCUGUAGAACGCCUUCGAUACUUGGAAAAUAAAAUUCUUGAAUAUGAAGAGUCGCACUAUUGUAGCAUCUGUAUGGAAAGAAUUCGGGAUGUUGCUUUUCUAUGUGGACAUGGAUCAUGUUCAAGAUGUGCCGAAACCUUACGCAUAUGUCAUAUGUGUCGAAAAACUAUUUUAAAAAAAAUUAAUCUUUAUUAA